CAGAGAGAAGCUUUAAACACAAUAAAAGAAAUGAUCGACAUGGCAAUUGCUGAGAAGCUUGACGUAAAACACUUGACUUCUACUUCAAGAUCAAUUCAUCUUGCAGACUUGGGAUGUUCAGUUGGACCAAAUACUUUCAUUGCCAUGCAAAAUGUAAUAGCAGCUGCGGAAAAGAAAUACUAUGCUAAAAGUCUAUCUUCCGAAAAGCUUGAAUUUCAAGUGUUUUUCAAUGAUCAUAUUUCCAAUGAUUUCAAUACCCUCUUUGCCGCCCUCCCUGUUGAUUGACAAUAUUUUGGCGUUGGAGUUCCGGGUUCUUUCCAUGACCGGUUAUUUCCCUCGUUGUCUCUCCAUUUUGUGCACUCAUCUUAUGCACUGCAGUGGCUCUCUAAGGUGCCAGAGAAGUUGCUAGAUAAAAACUCUCCAACUUGGAAUAAGGGAAAGAUUCACUACACUGGUGCUUCAGGUGAAGUAAUGAAAGCUUAUGCAGCGCAAUUUGAAAGUGACAUGGAGAAUUUUCUGGAGGCUAGAGCUAAGGAAGUUGUUGUUGGUGGAGUGAUGGUACUUGCCAUCCAAAGUCUCCCAGAUGAUGUUGAUCAAUCUAAGACCCCAUCUGGUGUGAUGUUUAAAUUUGUUGAAGCUGGCCUUAUGGAUAUGGUGAAUGCGGGAAUUAUUGGUGAACUUCAAGUCGACAUGUUCAACUUGUCUAUUUAUUUUGUCUUUGCCAAACAGAUGACUAGGCUGAUUGAAAGUAAUGGGAGUAUUAGCAUCGAGAAAAUGGAGUUGACAGACUCUGGUUUGAAGGAUGCCCCAAUCAAUGCCCAAGCUGUGAUAAUGCAAAUAAGAGCUGGCAUGGAAGAAGUUAUUCCGAAACACUUUGGACGUGACAUUGUCGAUGAACUAGUUGAAAGCAUAUCUAAGAAAUUCAUGGAGGAUAUCCACCUAUUGGAGUCAUGCAACAAGAAAGCACAACUAUUUAUUGUUUUGAAGCGAAUAUGAUGUGAGUUUACUAUUUUACUGUUCAUUAGAUAUGGUACUUGCUCAUGAUGAACAAAAUAUAUAACAAUAUAUCGCAGAAAUCGCCUAGAUCAGUAAGAUUUUAUUGAUCUGUUUGACGAUGAAUAAAAGAAUAAAACUUUGGACCUUUUAGGUUCAAUACUUACAAGCUAGCUUUGAGGGUUAAUUAUACUUUGUGUCCUCAAACUAUGAAGCGUGUGUCACUUUGUCUUCUCAAUUAUCACGUUGGUUAUUAUUUUCACAUUGCCCCA